AUGAGCUCAACCUACUACGUGAAGUGCGAAUCUGCCACUAUUCGAAUCUCCUUCUCGAGCAAAAUCUUCCAUGACAAGCCCCGCUCCCCUGGCUACCUGCCUACCUCAUCUCAGGACAGGAAGGCCCAUUGCUCCUCCCUCGCUUGUUUAGUUCUGAAAGUCAAGGAAGGCAUCGUGGGCUGGUUGCCCGGCUACCUCCCUUCCUCCCACUGCUUCCUCUACUUCGACUACUUCCUCUCCUCCUACUGCUUCCUCCACCUCGACUACUUCUUCUCCUUCCACUACUUCCACUUUCCCUCCACCUUUUAUCCAGAGCAAGUUGAGAGCACCAAGCCCCUCCGCUUCCUCUGGUACGGCGACCUACCCCGCCGAGCCGCUGGAUAUUUUACAUCCUGCCCUUCUCUAUCCCUUCACCUGCCUACUUUUCUUCUUCCCCCCUCCCUCACGCGUUACUCGCCCGCCUUCAAACUCUUUCUAGGCACCAACCGCGAUCCGUCUUUCGUUUGGACUACUCGGUCUUCAUCUUCCGGAGGGCGUGCAGAUCGAACUGAAUAUCUACAACCUCUCAUCUUGGAAGGCAAGUACAUCUCCUUCGAGCUUUGGAUUUUUCCUCCGGUCUUUCAGGAUCGCCUUCUUCGUCAAGGCCGCAGUGCGGAACUCCCAGCGCCUUCCCUCCUUCUUCAACAACUCACCCUCCUUCCUGACAUUGAGGAGGCGCAGUGUACCUUCUGA